ACCAAUGACCGCGCGCCAGUGGGCGGGGCCUGCGGGGCCAUUAUAAGGUGGCGCGAGGCAGGCGGGGCCAAGACUUUCUCCCCAGAAUGUCUGCGAGUCAAGAGAGUCGAUCUAGAGACAAUGGCCCCGAAGGCAUGGACCCCGAUGGUGUCAUUGAGAGCAAUUGGAAUGAGAUUGUGGACAGCUUUGAUGACAUGAAUCUCUCAGAGUCCCUCCUCCGAGGAAUCUACGCUUAUGGUUUUGAGAAGCCCUCUGCCAUCCAGCAGCGAGCCAUUCUCCCUUGUAUCAAGGGGUACGAUGUGAUUGCCCAAGCCCAGUCUGGAACUGGGAAAACAGCCACGUUUGCUAUUUCCAUCUUGCAGCAGAUUGAGCUGGACCUGAAGGCCACGCAGGCCCUGGUUCUGGCCCCCACGAGAGAGCUGGCUCAGCAGAUCCAGAAGGUGGUGAUGGCGUUGGGAGACUACAUGGGGGCUUCCUGCCACGCCUGUAUAGGUGGGACAAACGUUCGCGCAGAAGUCCAGAAGCUGCAAAUGGAAGCCCCCCACAUCAUCGUUGGGACUCCCGGCAGGGUCUUUGACAUGCUGAACAGGAGGUAUUUGUCACCCAAGUUCAUAAAGAUGUUUGUGCUGGACGAGGCAGACGAAAUGUUGAGCCGGGGCUUCAAGGACCAGAUCUACGACAUAUUCCAGAAGCUGAGCGGGAACACACAGGUGGUGCUGCUGUCUGCCACCAUGCCCAUGGAUGUCCUGGAAGUGACCAAGAAGUUCAUGAGGGACCCGAUCCGGAUCCUGGUGAAAAAGGAAGAGCUGACCUUGGAGGGGAUCAGGCAGUUUUACAUCAACGUGGAGAGGGAGGAGUGGAAGCUGGACACAUUGUGUGACUUGUACGAGACCCUCACCAUCACCCAAGCGGUCAUUUUCAUCAACACUCGGAGGAAGGUGGACUGGCUCACGGAGAAAAUGCACGCCCGGGACUUCACUGUUUCAGCCAUGCACGGGGACAUGGACCAAAAGGAGAGAGAUGUGAUCAUGCGAGAGUUCCGCUCUGGCUCCAGCCGUGUCUUGAUCACCACAGACCUGUUGGCUCGUGGGAUUGACGUGCAGCAGGUGUCCCUGGUAAUCAACUAUGACCUGCCCACCAACCGGGAGAACUACAUUCACAGGAUUGGCCGAGGGGGCCGAUUUGGCAGGAAAGGCGUGGCCAUCAACAUGGUGACGGAAGAAGAUAAGCGUACCCUUCGUGACAUUGAGACAUUUUACAACACCUCUAUUGAGGAGAUGCCCAUGAAUGUGGCUGACCUCAUCUGAGCUGCCUCUGGGGGGGGGGGGGUACGCUGUGCCCGCCCACCCCCCACUGGGCACAGAAUCCCCCCUUUUCUAUUUUUUUUUGAGUUUUCUUGCCUUUUGAAUAAAUGUCACUUUUUUGGAGGCAAAAUGAAACCUUUUUAGUGUUUUUCCUGGCGCUUUUUCUGUCUUUCUCCGACCUUCCCUCCCUCGCGACCUCCAUCUUGUAGUUCAGUUGUCCAAUCAACCCCUACUUGGGCACCCUCUCAGGUCAGGUGUGGGAAGCAGGUCAGAAAGCUCGGAGCCUUCCGGCUUCCCCUCUUCCCCCUCCCGGCCGGGUCGCCCCUCCACAACAUGAGAGAUUUUGUAGUCCUUGGAAUUGCCGGAAUUGUGGUGCUAACAAAAAAAAGCUUGAGAAUUAAAAACCUACCUCACUAAGAGACGUGGUUUUCUUCUCUCCCUGCCUAACAAUCAAUGGUUCAAAAAAAUAAAAUAAUUGCCAAGAUGUUCUCCAUAUGAAAACUAGACUUUCCCCACCGUGCUUUUUUAAAGAAAAAUUAAAAAAACCUUUUUUCAUAUGGCAAAAAAUUAGUGUGUGCAACCUUACUUUUUUUUGUAUAGCUAUUAUUUAUUCAAAAGGAAAGUUACAGUGACCAAAAUAAAGGUGAUCUUGAGAAACUCA